UUGAUUUUUUUUAUUCUAUUUUUCUUUAAAUUUUAUUUUAAAGAGUUUGUACAUUACUUUGCCUUUAUUCUCAGCAUCAGAUUACCAGCAUAUUUCCUCCACUGUAGAAAGCAGAUGGUUAUUGUACUGUAUUUUGUACUCAGUCGUUCCUUGAAUUCGGUUGUAUUUAUUAGCGUCGAUUACUAACUCAAACGGAAGACGCAUCGAGUCUUUUGCUAGAGAAUUGCACAGAUGAACACAUGAGAUCCGUGUAUGAAUGCAGUAAAUGGGUAAGAGUGUGUGGGAGACGUGGUGCAGGACCAAAAAUGCCAACGUGAAGCUCUUCUUCCUAAAAAAGCAGCUGAAGACCAUCAGCUGUUUCGGUGUGACUGCUCUGACUCGGCUGCUGAUUGCUUUCGUUAAGCUGGUGUAAUUCCGAUCACAGGCUGCCCGGAAUGCAGAAACAGUUCAUUCCAGUGCUGGGCCACAUUAUUUUAAUCUCGAGUGCCCCCUCUGUGGGCAGGUUUAUUGUUGAUGUGCAUCAUGUAAAUGUGUUUGUCUGAAGAGGGAGCUAAUGAGUUUCAGCAAACUUUAACCUGCCCGUCUUUAAAAUUAGUCAGCUUCUGAUGUCUCGAAACUUUUUGCACAUUUCCUUUGCUGUCACAAAAGGCUGAUUAUUUCAAGUCAAAUUCCAGCUGGGUUUUUUUUUUGUUUGUUUGUUUUGUUUUCAGCUUCAUUUGUCUGCUUGUGACAGCAGAGACAGUCGAGUUAAUGCACUUGCAGUUACCCUUCUUGUCAGCAGAGGUCCUUAUUAUCAAAGAUUUGCCCUGUUUAAGCCUGCACUGGUGUAACUGGUGGUUUACCUGAUGGGCUCCUGUUUUUUUGUUUUGUUUUUUUGUUUUUAAUGGCUGAAAGAAAAUGCUCCUGAACAAUGUAAAAUUACCAAGAUUUUGCCUUGAUUACCUGUAACACGGUCUGAUUUAGAUCCAAGUUGCAGUUAUAAUCUGAAUGUGUUUCAACUGGACAAAUGCAGAGUAAAAGUAAGAAAGGUCUUUGUAGCUGCUUAUGAGACUGAAGCAGAUGAUUUUUACAUUUUUCCUUCUACAUAACUCUUUAAGACCAUCAGCAGCUCUUACCCUGUGGUUAUCAGAAUUUUUGUUACAAUUUAGUCGUUGUAAGUUGUAACACGCAUAAAAUGAUGUAUUUUCCACCUAUAACGUGCCUUUUUCUCUCUCCAGAUACUACAGAAUUAGAGUUAGACCUAACCCCAGCUGUGUGAUGGAUUGGGCCUUCAGAGCGUUUAUGAGUGCAAAAAUCUUGGUAAUUUAAUUAAAGCUUGUUUUUUUUAAACCAAAUAUCCUUGAGAGAAUGUGUGUGUAUAUACGCGAGAGUGCUUGUAGUGAGAAAUCUGGUUGACAUUUCACAGAUUUCUUCCAAAAGAGUUGUGCUCUGUAUUGACACGUGAAAGUUCCUGUUGCUGCCUCGCUUGCACGCAUCAAUCCAAAUUAAAUGCAUUAUGAAACUGAUGACCUACCUCUUCCUUUCUAAGGAGUAAAUCUUGAACGUAAGAGCAGAAACCUGUGACAUUCAGGCAGAUGUUAUAACAUCUGGUUCACUUGUCUCACAUAAUAAAAAUGACAGUUGAGUUUUUGGGUUUACUUGUUUUAUUGUUGCUGGGGUCUUUAUUUGCUUUGGUAUCCGAUGUUGAUGUAGUUUUAAUGUGAACAGGAAUGUGGCCUUGCUGCCUCAGCUGCUCAUCCACCUGACUUUGGCCUCAGGGCGCUGAUGGUUGGUCUCCAGUGUUAUCAAUAUGCUCAGGAUGAUUUGACCACCUUGACCCUCCAACAGCAACAUCUGUUCUCAGUACAAAUAACCAGCAACACUUCCAACUCCGGCCCUCUUUUCCUGCAUUAUUCCCAUUUUGCCUAUUAGUCUCCCUCCUCUUUCCUCUCCUGAGAUGAAGAAUAUGUGCACAGUGGUCACGGUGGUCGUCGUUACCCGCGGUUGGAGCUUUCCAGGAAGUUUAGUGAUGUACCAAUCACUACGGUCUAUGUUCUCCUCCUCUUUUUUUCUUCUGUUUUAUUCAGCCCACUCAGCAGUCCUCUCUUUAUAUACCGUCUUGGUGGAGAGACUUGCAUGGUCUCUGUUUAGAUAAGAACCCUUGGACCCCUCCUGCUGCAGAGACUUGCUUGCAGAAAUUUAAGGAAGAACAGCUGCAUUUUGAAACUUUGAACACCUCUUACAAUCAAAAGCGGCGAUGCUGGAUGUGUUCCCCACUGAGGAUUUUGUUGUGCCCGGGGGUGUUUGUGUGUGAUUGUGAUGGUUUGAGGAGUGUUCACAGAAAGGGAAUGUGAGGAAGUGUGGGAUGGGGUAGGAGAGUGCAGUGUGAGGACUUGCGGUUUACCUAACCCCAGCAUUAGUGGCAUGACCGCAGUAACCACCUCCAGAUGUUUGGGAACACAAUCUGACUGAUUAUUUACAGUGAACAUCGCCCUCUUCACACUGCAAUGUGUACUCUUUGCUCCUUUGGCAGUGUCAAAGUUAAUGCUUAAUCCAAGUACAGACCCUUAAUUGCUAAGGCCAAGCCCUGUUUAUUGGAGGGAGGUUACAUGCCUGUGAACAGAUCAGACAGCACAGACCAGAGGCAGACUGACUCAGGGAAUCAUCUCUACCAGGCAAGCAGCAGGACAGACCAAAAGAAGCAGCUACAAUGCCACUGAAGUUUGGAACGUCGAAGGCUAUCGCCAUCGCCUUUGGUGUUCUGACCGUCUCUUCCAUCGGCGGCAUGUUCACCAUGAUUAUUCUGUUCAAGGCUCAGACCCAAAACAUUACCAUGACGCCACCUCCAACCCUGCCACCCACCACCAUGGCCCCACCGCCAAACAUGCGGCUGCCGAAGAGCUUGGUACCUCAGAAGUACGAUAUUGUACUCGCAGUUCACCUCUACACUAAAAUCAUAGAGGAGGGGAACGGCUCCAAUCCCAACAUCACCACUCCGAACCAGACCAUGAUCUUCACGGGAAACUCGACUGUCCACUUUCAAUGUGCCCAAAAGACGAUGAGCAUCUUUCUCAACAGCAGAUACCUGAACGUGUCCUCGCCGGUGGUGUUGAACGAAAAUACAAAAAGGAAUAUUAAAGUGUCUGGAAUGAAACACCACGAUGAUGAAAGUGACUUCCUCGAGCUCGAAUUGAUGGAUCCCUUGGAGACAGGAGGGAACUACUCUUUGUUUUUGUCUUUCCACGGCGAAGUCUCGGAUAAUCUGGAAGCACUGUAUCUAAGCAGAUAUACUGAUGGUAUCUUUGACUAUGAAAGUGUAGAUGAUCCAAAUGCGGACAGAUUCAUUGCUGCCACCAAUCUGCAGCCAACAGAUGCCAGGAAAGUGUUUCCUUGUUUCGAUGAGCCAGACAUGAAGGCUGUGUUUAAAUUGACCAUCAUCCACAGGCGAGAAACCAGAGCUCUGGGAAAUGCAGCCCCUUAUGAAAGCAACAUUUUAGAUGACGAAUGGCAAUACACUAUCUUUAGAGCAACACCAAAGAUGUCCACCUACUUAUUCGCCUUCGCAGUGGUCGACGACAGCUUCAAAUCCAUCACCUCUCCAAGCUCUGAUACUGAUCGCGUGGAGAUAAAUACGUAUGCUCGUCCUGAAGCCAUCAAUGCAGGACACGCUGAUUAUGCCGGUGACAUUGCCAGAAAGCUCCUUCGAUUCUACGAAAGCCAAUUUGAAAUGAAAUAUUCAAUGGAAAAAAUAGACCAGCUUGCACUGCCAGACUUAUACCCUGCUGCGAUGGAAAACUGGGGACUGAUCACAUACCAGGAAGGAUUCCUGCUCUAUCAGGAAGGAGUCUCCUCCCUGUUGCACAAGGAAGAUAUUGCCACUGUCAUUGCACAUGAACUGGCACACCAGUGGUUUGGAAAUGAGGUGACAAUGAAAUGGUGGAACGACCUUUGGCUGAAUGAGGGCAUUGCUACCUACCUAUCUUACAUUGCUGUGGACAGUGUGGAGCCUACGUUCAAUAUAAAAGAAAUAUCUAUCAUGAAUGAUCUCCACGAUGCGUUUAGAGAGGAUGCUUUGGCCUCAUCCCAUCCUCUCAGUCCUGCAUCAAAAGAGAUCAAUACGACAGAUCACAUCCUUGGAAUGUUUGAUUCGAUCAGCUACAGCAAGGGCGCAAUUGUGCUGAGAAUGCUGGCAAACCAUGUGGGAGAAGUUGUUUUCAACAAAGGGCUCCAAAUGUAUCUCAAGGCCUUUCAAUAUGGAAACGUAGAAAAGGAUGACCUCUUGAAGUAUAUACAAAUGGCUGCGAAUCAGAACCGCGGUAACAAAGCUGUCCGCAACACUGAUGACAUCGCUGGAUUCAUGAACCCUUGGACCACCCAAAGUGGCUAUCCUGUCAUUACCAUCAACACUACCAAUGGACAAGUCUACCAGAAGCAGUUUCUCUUCAAUAACUCUGCCAAUUCCUCCAAUUCAUGGACAGUGGAGAUUGAGUUCAUCUCAAAUGCGUCGUCUAAAUUCGAGAAAGUGUAUUUGUAUAACAACAAGCCAGUAAACAAAGAAGCUUUCAUAGCUAAGAAUGGUGAAUGGAUCCUGGCAAAUAUCAACUGCAUCGGAUACUACAGAGUCAAUUACAAUCCAGAGAACUGGGAACGCCUUCUAGCUCAGCUGCAGAAGAAUCGGCAUAGUAUCCCGCUGUUGAACAGAGGGCAGCUUAUUGAUGACGCAUUUAACUUGGCAAGGGCUAAACUUGUCAACGUGACUCUGGCUCUGAAUUCAACCCUUUUCCUCACAAAAGAGACCGAGUUUCUUCCCUGGGAGUCAGCGGUCAGGAAUCUCGAGUACUUCAUCCUCAUGUUUGACCGCUCUGAGGUGUAUGGACCCAUGCAGACAUACCUGCGGGAACAGGUUAGAGAGCUGUAUAACGUCUUCAAAAACGACACGGACGAUGACCGCGUCCCACAGAACGAUCACUCCUUACAGUACACCCAGCUCUUAGCCAUAAAGCUGGCAUGUUCCAAUGGACUACCAGAAUGCGUAGAGAUGGCUAAGCAGAAGUAUGCCGCCUGGAUGGAGAGCAACAAUACCAACAGCAUCCACCCAAACCUGCGGUCUGAAAUCUACUGCCAAGCUGUGGCUGCUGGUGAGAAGGAAGAGUGGGAAUUUGCCUGGGACAUGUAUCAGACCUCCAGCAACACCUCGGAGAAAGAGCAGCUCCGUCGUGCUCUGUCCUGCACCAAGAAGAUCUGGUUGCUCAGCAGAUACCUUGAUUACACUUUGGACCCUGAGAAGAUACGUCUGAUGGACGUCGCUUCUACAAUUUACUACAUAGCCCAGAACUCAGCGGGGCAGGCGCUGGCCUGGAACUUUAUCAGAGCAAACUGGGACUACGUCAGCCAAGGGGACGGGGCGAUGCUGAUUGCAGGAGUGACCAGCAGAUUCUCGACAGAGUUUGAACUGGAAGAGCUCAUGCGUUUUCAAAAUUACGACCUGGGUGGUGCCUCCUGGGCCGUGUCUCUGGCCAUCGAGCAAACCCGAGUGAACAUCCAGUGGGUCAAAGAGAACAAAGACGAUGUUCUGCGGUGGUUCGAACAAAAAACUUCUUCUGUAAGACAAAAGGAGUACUAACAGGUUCAGAGCCUCUGAUCUGAUUGCCAGCUUAUUCUCUUGAAGCUGCACAUUUUUAGUCAAUAUGACUUUACAAGAAAAAGAAUUGAAUGUAAUUCAAUUCCAAGCUGAAAUAUGACUUGUGCAGCACAUAGUAUAUUAUAAUAAGUACUAAGAGAAAUGUUCAGUAUUCAUGUAUAUACUUCUGUGCAUUAUUUAUACCAUACACUCAAUGAAAAUGGAGAAAUAAAAAACAAUCUGUUCAACAUUUGUGAAUUUUGCACAUAAUGCUAAUGAAGGAUGUAUUAGCUGUAUGGCUGCAUGUUAAAAAAAUUGCAUUUAUCCUAGAAAAUCCAUUGUUGCUUUGCAUAAUUGCUUUUUAGGGGUUUGUUUAGUUUAGUUUAUUUUAAGUGAAAACAAACGUCUCUUUGUUCCAUUUGCUUCUGUUGCCACUUUGUCGUUUGUAAAAUCUAUUAAAUGUGCUAUAAUCAAGAAGCCAAACUGAUCUUGCGUUGCUGAAAUUGUUAUAUUUAAUAAUAAAAUACACACGAGCCUUUUAAUUGUGUUACUUUGGUUAAUGGGUAUUGCAACAAUGUCACAACUGGAAUGCUUUUGGGGUGUGACUGCUUACAGUUAGGAAAAACAAAAAGUUUGUUCCUAAUAUGUUUAAAAGUUGAUGUCCCUUACCCAAAGAGACUAUAUGUGUGAAAUUUAAAUUAUACAAUUUUAGGGG